AUGGGUCCAUCUGCCUCCCCUUCCCCUGGCAUGAUGAACCGUACUCAUCCCCACGCACAGCAAUUCAUCCCCCAACACCCACAGCAGCACUACAUGGACUCGCCUACUCCUUCCUCGACUCGUGGUCGCAAGCGCAAGCUCACAUCUCAGCACCCGCACCAACAGCAGCAUCCCCACCCGCAACAGCAACAACACCUGGCACGUCGUCCAUCCAUGCACAACCCUCACCACCCUCACGCACAGCAGCAACCUCCCGGAGCACCCCACGGUUUCCCUGGAAGACCGCCCAUGCCGGCAUUCCUGGGACUCAACCUGCCACCCACCAUCGCAGACGAGAUGCCCGAAUCCAUCUUUGACGAUCUGGAUCGAUUGACCCCGCGCGACAUGGCUGUCGCCAGGUACGCCAAGAACCACGAGCUGCUCAGCAUGGUGUUUGAUGCGAGGAGGAUCGACACUAUGACGCCCGCUCCUUCGCCGUAUGCGCAAGUCAAGGCGGAGGAUCUGAAGGCGAAAGUGCAAAGGAUUCAAGACGAGGCGGACGAGUUGGAGAAGCAGCACAGUGCAAAGCUGAGCCAGUUGAGAGAGGGUUCUGGCUCUGGUAAGGGUGCGCAGAGGCAGAAAGACGGGGAUGGGACGGACGAGGCAGCGGGUGUGGAGAGUUGGAGUGAAAAGGCUUCGAGGGGCAAGAUUCUGGGUGUUGGAUUUGUCAGGGCAGAGACACCCGAGGAGCUGCGACCUCCCAAACCUGUGGUAGAGACGAUGGAAGCCGGUGGAGAUGAGCAGAUGGACGUGGAACAGGGUGGUGAUGCGGAAGCUGCGGCCAAGGCGAAAGCUGACGAGGAAGCCAAAGAGGCAGAGCGCAGGCAGGCAGAGAAGGAGGCGAUCGAAAAGCUCAACAUCGAGCUUGGUGUCACGCGUGCUCAACCGCCUGCUGAGGCGCCAAAGGCCGUUCCUGCACCGCCAGCCCCCGCAGCUGCAGCUACGGCUACGGAGACGGCAACGGAGGCUGCUGCGACGCCUGCUGCUGGGGGAACUACGGGUGAGGCGGAUCAGGCGGUGAGCGACAUCAAGCCGCCCGUGGCUGCUGUUGAAGAGCCGCCUGCUGCUCCUUUGCUUGCUCCUGCCGAGGUGCCAGCUGAAGCUUCUGGCGAAGCUCAUGCUCAGCCAGCUGCGGCUGAUGCAGCACCGGUUGCACCUGCCACGGACGCGACUGCCGGCGACGCUGCUGCGACCGCAACAGCGUCCGAGACUGCCGAGUCGGCCCCCACGGACGAGGCCUCUGCCUCCGCGCCUGCUACGGACACGGCCAGUGCAGUGGAAGCCGUCGCCUCGCAACCGGACACGCUGGCGGACGAGUCGAUGCUCGACCAGCCCUCUGCGCCGGCGCCGAUCGAAGCAUCCGCUGAUCCGGUGGUGCCUGUCAGCGCGGAGCUAGCGGCUGAUGAGGGCGUGUCAGCUGAAGCCACGGCGGAUGAGGUGGUGGCGGCUGUGGCAGAGACUGCUCCCGAAGCUGUUCUCCCUCCCACCGAUGUUGCUGCUGAGGCUCCCGUUGCUGACCAGUAG